AUGGCACUCUGGGCUCUUGGGUUGGGCCUGAUCGUGGCUUACAUUGCCAUCCACAAGUUUCUGGUAUGGCGACGACUGCGACAUAUCCCGGGUGCCUCCUGGUGUGGCUGGUUCGACAGUUGGAUGCUUCAAAGGGCUUUUAGAGGCACCAUGUAUGAUGACCUCGGGCAACUGUGUGAACAAUAUGGACCACUUGUCCGCAUCGCACCGAACUAUGUGAUUUGCGGCGACCCGAUUGAAGUUCGGCGCUUGUGGGCAGUGCGUUCUCAAUUUGAUCGCUCGCCGUGGUUCAAAGGUUUCCAAGUCGAUUCUCCCAAUGAUAGCAGCAUAUCUAUGCGCGAUCGUGCCCUGCACACUGCCCUGAGAUCGAAAUUGGCCGCCGGGUACUCCGGCAAGGACGUUGACCAUCUGGAUGAGUCGAUUGAUCAGCAGAUAGCGAACCUCAUCCGCCUGAUAGAGGCGAAAUAUCUCACUACCGAUACCGACUUUCGACCCGUGGAUAUCGCCCGCAAAGUCCAGUAUCUAACAUUGGAUGUCAUCUCCACGAUUGCGUUUGGCCGUACUUUUGGCUUCAUUGACAACGAUGGUGUUCUCUUCGACUACAUCAAGACGACGGAAGAGUCACUUCCACUCUUGCAAGUGAUAGCGUUGCUUCCAUGGUUGCUCAACGUCCUACAAUCCCCUGUGUUCAAGCCUAUUAGACCAACUUCCACAGAUGCAAUCGGACUGGGAAGAAUUAUGGGUUAA